UUCUCUAUCUUCAUUUUCAUCAGCAUCCCCAUCAUCAUCGUCCAUCCGAAUCUUUCGCUCCCACUUGCCUCGCGAUUAGUGCGCUUUUUGGGACAUCAACUCCCCUCCCUCCCUAGCCCGCCGCCGUCGAUCUCCAUUUCUUCAGGAACCCACUCCUAUUCGGCAGUUGAUCUUGGAGGCUUUGGUGGUUAAUUAAAAGCCUUCCUUGGUAUGUGGGUUGCUCUUAAUUGGAAUCAUGGUUGUGUCGGUGUACUGUUUCUGGACUUUUGGGGAAGUAGUGAAGCUGAUUAGUUGAGACUUGGGGUUGAUUCAAUUUUGGGUCUUGAGCUCUGAUUUUGUUACUGCAAUUGGAUUUGAUCAGUGGGUUUGGGUUUGGAUCUUUUGGGAAUUUUGGUUUGAUUCAUGGAGGCUGGAUUUGGAGGUGAAGCUCAUCAUUUCUAUGCUAUGAGUGCUGCGGAUUUGCGGGUCAUGGGGAAGAGGAGUUUGGAAUGGGAUCUUAAUGAGUGGAAAUGGGAUGGGGAUCUUUUCAUGGCCAGCCAGUUGAAUCCAGUGCCAUCAGGUUGCAUGGACCAACAAUUUUUGCCACUAGGUUCUGGGAUUCCCCUGACCGGGGGCGCUUCAAAUAGUUCAUCCUCAUGCUCUGAUGAAGUAAAUCUGGAAGUUGAAAGAGGAAAGAGGGAAUUGGAGAAGAGGAGGAGGGUUAUUGUGCUGGAAGACGACAAUUCAAACGAUGAAGAAGAGGGUACCCUUGCUUUGAAGCUUGGUGGACAGGAUUAUCAGGUAGCUGAGAGGGAAGUAAGAAAUUGGGAAGGAAUGAAUGGAAAGAAGACUAAGUUGGUUGGGGGUACUUCAAACCGUGCCGUUUGCCAAGUGGACCACUGCGGAGCUGAUCUGAGCCAUGCCAAGGAUUAUCAUAGGCGGCACAGGGUCUGUGAGAUGCAUUCCAAGGCUACUAAGGCACUUGUUGGAAACAGCAUGCAACGAUUCUGUCAGCAGUGCAGCAGGUUUCAGGAACUUCAAGAAUUUGAUGAAGGGAAGAGAAGCUGUCGUAGACGUUUGGCUGGGCAUAAUAAACGGAGGAGGAAAACAAAUCCCGAUACUGUUGUCAAUGGAAGCACAAUGAAUGACGAUCAGACUAGUGGUUAUUUAUUGAUUAGUCUACUGAAGAUACUUUCCAACAUGCACUUUGUAGCCAACAGAUCUGACCAAGCCACGGAUCAGGAUCUGCUAUCCCAUUUUCUAAGGAGCCUUGCCGGCCAAACUGGUGAACAAGGGGGAAAAACCAUAUCUGGGAUUUUGAAGGAAGCACCAAAUUCGCAAAGUGCUGGGAAUUCACUUGGAAAUUCUGAGUUGGUUUCUACUUUAUUCACAAAUGGUCCGCAUGACCCUUCAAGGACUUUUAAAGAUCAUCACCCUGUACCUGUAACUGAAAUGCCACAGCAAGGCCUUAGAUUAGAUGAGGCUCGGGGUGGAGACAUACAAACUGCAUCUUCUUCAAAACCCUCCAUUCUGAGCAGCCCUCCAGUUUACUCAGAAGUCAGAGACAGUACUGCUCGGCAGAUCAAGAUGAACAAUUUUGACUUGAAUGACAUAUAUAUUGAUUCAGAUGAUGGCAUGGAAGAUAUCGAUAGAUUGCCUGAUCCUGCGAAUAUGGGGACUAGCUCCCUUGACUCUCAUCAGUCAAGUCCGCCUCAAACCAGUGGACAUUCGGAUUCAGUGUCUGCCCAGUCACCCGCAAGUUCAAGUGGAGAUGCUCAGAGUCGCACUGAUCGAAUUGUAUUUAAACUAUUUGGCAAAGAACCUAAUGAUUUUCCUCUUGUACUGCGAGCACAGAUUCUUGACUGGUUAUCGCAUAGUCCCACUGACAUUGAGAGCUAUAUUAGGCCUGGUUGUAUAAUUUUGACUAUUUAUCUAUGUCAGUCUGAGGCUGCCUGGGAGGAACUUUGUCAUGAUUUGAGUUCCAGUUUGAACAGGCUUCUGGAUGUCUCAGAUGACUCUUUCUGGAGAACCGGAUGGGUUUAUAUCAGGGUGCAGCAUCAAAUAGCCUUUAUUUACAAUGGCCAGGUUGUAAUAGACACAUCCUUACCUAUCAGAAGUAACAAUUAUGGUAAAAUAUUGAGUGUCAAACCUAUUGCCAUAUCGACGUCUGAAAGAGCUCAAUUUUCAGUUAAAGGCAUUAACCUCACUCGGCCUGCCACAAGGUUACUCUGUGCACUUGAAGGUAAUUGUCAGGUUGAGGAAAAUACUCACGAUUCAACAGAUGCUCUUGAUAACUUUGAAGACCAUGAUGAGCUCCAAAGCAUAAACUUUUCUUGCUCCAUUCAUGCUGUGAAUGGAAGAGGAUUCAUUGAGAUUGAAGAUCAUGGGUUUAGCAGCAGCUUCUUUCCUUUUAUAGUUGCGGAGGAGGAUGUAUGCUCAGAGAUCCGCACUCUUGAGAGUGCAUUGGAAUCAACUGAAACUAGUGCAGAUUUUGUGGGGACCAGAAAGAUGGAAGCCAAGAAUCAAGCCUUGGAUUUCAUUCAUGAAAUGGGCUGGCUUCUUCAUAGAAGUCAGUUGAAGUCUAGAUUGGGUCGCAUGGAUCCUAAUGAAGACCUCUUUCCUCUUAAACGGUUCAAGUGGCUCAUGGAGUUCUCGAUGGACCAGGAUUGGUGUGCUGUAGUGAGAAAACUAUUGGACAUCCUGCUUGAUGGAACUGUGGGUGCAGGAGAGCACCCUUCCAUGAAUCUUGCAUUAGCUCAGAUGGGUCUCCUUCACAGAGCUGUAAGGAGAAAUAGUAGGGCAUUAGUGGAGCUGCUUUUAAGAUAUCAAGUUUCAAAUGAAUUGAGAUCUGAAAGCGUGGAAUUGUUUGGUGGAGGCAAUGAAAGCUUCUUGUUUAGACCUGAUGUUUUAGGCCCUGCAGGUUUGACACCACUUCACAUAGCAGCCGGUAAAGAUGGUUCUGAGAAUGUACUGGAUGCAUUAACCAAUGAUCUCAAAAUGGUGGGAAUUGAAGCCUGGAAGAGUGCGCGUGACAGCACGGGUUCCACACCUGAAGAUUAUGCUCGCUUACGAGGCCAUUUUUCAUACAUCCACCUGGUGCAGAGGAAAAUUAACAAAAGGUCUGCAGCUGGGCAUGUGGUGCUCGACAUUCCCAGUGCUCCCUCAGACUGCAAUGCAAAUCAGAAGCAGAGUAAUGAGCUGACCACCAGCUUUGAGAUAGGGGCUGAAUCGAGAAGAGUCCGGCAACACUGCAAGCUUUGUGAUCAGAAACUGGCUUAUGGAACAGCUUGCAGGUCUCUCGUAUACAGGCCCGUAAUGCUUUCACUGGUGACCAUCGCUGUGGUCUGCGUCUGUGUGGCCCUCCUGUUUAAAAGCUCACCUGAAGUUCUGUACGUAUUCCGCCCCUUCAGGUGGGAAAUGUUGGGUUAUGGUACAAGCUGAGGUGCAUUAACUUGAAGCUGAUAUAGUUUUAAGAUAGCAUGUAAUUGUAUGCAUUUAUAGACUGUAAAGCAGAAUCUCCUGUAGAACCCUUGCCGUGGGGAAAUAAUAAUUCUAGUGACAUACUUAUAUAGUGCUCAGUGUACUGGCCUCAGGCUUAUUUAGUUCCUUCCAAUAAGUGCUUUUAAUGAUUUCAA